GGGAAUUUGAAAAAUGUAGUCCUAUUUGUGCAAUUUUGUCACUUUUUAGUCCUAUUUAGGGAAUUGACUCAACUUUAAAAAAUCAAUAACAAAUUACUUAGUACUAAAGUUUCAAUGCAGACUUUUAAAAUUGAACAAAAGUUCUGGUGUAUUGAAAAUAAUUAUGAAAUCAUGGUUUUGGAUAAUCAUUCAUAGUGAUGGAUUUUAAACGCGUUUAAAUAAUCAUUAUUUUUCCAUCCUCUAAGAGAUUUGACGAGAUUUUCUAAUGCUUUCUUCAUUUCUCCCAAACGUAGGCAAAGCAGCCACAUCAAGCAUUUCUUCUUUUAGAUUUCCAAUCUUCCCUUGUACUGCUUAUUCUUCUUUCAAAACUUCUUUGUUCAAAUCGACAAAUUUGUGUGCUUUACAAGCUACAUUUCUUUGCUUUAAAGGAGUAUGGCUACCUUCGUUGCAGGAUGUGCCGUUACUUCCUUCGGAAAUUCUCUACGUUGCGGCAACCUCGCUCACUUCUAAAGCUCCAAUGUGGAUCUGGGUUUACAUCAAAAUGCGGAUUCAAAAGCUCGUUUUCGCGUUAUGAUGUAAAAGCCCAGGUUGCUGCAGUAGAACAAGUUGCUGAAGUGAUUCCAAAGAUAGAAUCUCUCGUAGUUGUUGUCACUAGAGCACCUAGAGGAAUUGACAAAGCCAUUGCCUUGGCUUUAGGCAAGGCGAGAUGCAAGGUUAUGGUUAAUUAUGCAAGGUCCUAAAAAGAGGCUGAAGAAGUGUGCAAAGAGAUCGAGGCAGGUUCCGACGACGAUUAUCUACAACAAUCUAAAGAAAGUAUUUAUCGUCGGAAACUGCCGCUCGCCCCUAAUUGCUGGAGAAGUCAGUCGCCAGAGUGCCAGAUAUCCGUCGGCCAGAACAGGUUGCAAGUGAGAUGAUGAGGAUGGACGCAAAGUCGUUGCAUAAUUGUACCGUUACUUCUUGACCGUUCUGUUGGUUGUCGUCCGCGUCAUUUGCUGCUAGCCCCCUGUAUACGUUCUAUGCCCACAUGCCUGCUGCGAAUGAAAUUUGGUAUCUCUAUCAAUUACUUUAGUUGCAUUUUUUAUAUCUUCGGGAAUCUGCAUGUGUUAUCUUAUGGUAAUUUGUGAUAAUUUUAAUUGUUACCCUAUUCACAAUAAGCCUUGUUUUAAUCCCAAGUGUUAUAAUUUAUGUCAUUUUAUGUGAUAAAAAGACAACUAUGAGAAACAAUAAUCCACUUCAAUCAAAAUUAAAAUUGAUUAAAAGUGAUGAAGAUUUUAUAGCAGUUGUUUCUCAAAGUUGUAAAAUAAAUGAUGUGAAUGAAUGAAUUGUAGACUCCGGGGCUACCAAGCACAUUUGCAAAAACAAAAAUGCUUUAACCUCCUAUAUAUCUUAGUACUAUUAUAGGAGAUGAUGAAAACCUUGUGUACCUGGUGGAUUUAAAACCGCUAAGGUGCAAGGUAAAGGAAAUGUUAUUCUUAAACUCACAUCGGAGUAAACUUUAUCACUAAAUGACAUGUUUUUGUGCAUGAGAUUCGGACAAAUUAAUUUUGUUUCCGUUUCUCUCUUGAUAUAAAUUGGGGUUAAAAUAUCUUUGAUUAUGACAAAAUUGUCAUGACUAAAGAUGGUUUUUUUGGGCAAAGGCUAUUGUAAGAGUGGGUGUUCUGUGAAAUAUUAUGUUUAUGUACUAAAGUAUGAUAAUGCUCUCACUUAAUUGAUUGAUUCGUAUGAUUAAUGGGAUGUUUUGGAAGUCUUAAUUACAUGUGGUAAUAUUUUCUAUUGUUGCUAUUGAUGUGUUAAUUCCUAUAGUGUCUUAAUUACUUGUUGAUAAAUUCUGUGAGAUUUUGUUACUGUGUUUCACCAUUACAAAUUAAUAUCUAAUUUAUAAUUGUGAUGACCGAAUUGAAAAUUCCAUUGGUAGAGUAAUAUGGCUGAGUGGAAAAUUCAAAUCUGUUUUGUCUUUUUGCAUGAAGGUGCAGUUCUGGUUUUUUUUUUCUUAUUGAAAAUUGAAAUUUGAAUUAGUUAAAGACUAAUAAUACGCUACUGCAUGCUUGUAACGCAAUCAGCAAAUUGCUCAUGCACGAUUUAGUACGGUGAUAUAGGUUUGUUAAAUAUAUUGACUUUGUUAGAAGUUAUUGAAUGGUCAUAAUUUUUAAUUUGUUAAGUACGAUGUUAUUGCAUGCACAUUUAUACGUUUUUCUGGAGUCUUGCGUUGAGUUUUUAAAUUGCGUAUGCUUUAGUCUAUUUUGUAUGAGGGCAUGGUUCUUUCUGGGUUUGCACGUUACGAAGUUUUAUUGGCCUAAUUAAUUAAUUAUUAUCUCUUGUAGUUUAUCAUGCAAAAAGUUUUAUUAACUCUAGCUACGUGGUUGCAUGGAUAAGCCUGAAGUCAGUUUUGAUAAAAAUUUGAAUUGUGCUUAUUAUACGUGUAAAUGUUUACCCAGUUAUAUGCCGCGUUCAUAUCUUGUUAGCCGCAUGUUAUUCCUCUAAAAUUAUUGUUCACAUUGAUUAAUGUACGGUGAGCUUAAUGUUAUACUCCAUAUAUAUUUAAAAUGUGGGGGUUAUUUUAAACUCAUUCUAACGUAAAUGAGAUACCAUUAAUUAUGGAAUAAAUUUGAUUGGGAUUAUCCGUUGUAAUUAAUUGAUACAAUGAUGAUAUGUUUAUUGAGAAAUAACCAUUGUACUAGAGCAGUACAAUGAUGUUAUAUGAGAGUUAUCCAUUGUAUUACAAUGAUCUUAUAUAUUUUAUUAAGAGUUAUCCGUUGUAUUAUCGGGAUACAACGAUGUCAUUUGAGUUGAAUAUCACACAAGUGAUUUUGUAUUUUCAAAUUGGUGAAAUAAACUAUGUGAAACCCGGCUGAAUGUCGGAAGAUUGAGCAAAAUUGUGGAAACACAAAAACUGUAUUUGAUGAGCUAAGCCAUUGUAUUAAAGUAAUACAAUGAUGAUAUAAUUUUUAGAUGAUAUUGUCGUAUAGUCGACUGCAACGAUAUCAUAUGACGAAUGGAGUCAAUAGUCUCCUUUGGCUGAAAUCCUAGGAUAUUAUAUGUUAUACACCGAGGGAAAUGGACUGUCACUUGAUAACAAAUAGGGAUGGUAACCCAACCUGUGUGAUUGGAGAUCCCAUGAAGCAGGUUCAUAUGGGUAAUAACAAGUCUUCUAUUUGUUCCUGCUAGCCUAUUAUGUCCAUUUCUAGGGUGAGGCUAGACUGCAUUCGCUGUGAGGGUGAGUUAAAACUCUUAAUGAUUUUCAUAGCCUUAUGGCUGGUGUGUUAAGUGCAGAACACACUUGAUGAGGUCACCUAUAUGAGUGUGAGGUGGGGCCGCCUCCAUGAAGCAUGACAACGCUUCUAGAGCACUCAAGAAUACCAAGCACGCGCACGGCCUAAAGGCGCACCACGGCGUUAACGCGAGGAAUUGUGGGGGGUGAGACAUGGCCGUUAAGACCCUGACUUACCAUAGUAGCUUACUGGUUCAUAGAAACUAUAUGUUUCACCAGAUGCUCGGUUUGUAAAGACUUAAUCGUCUCGGUUUGGUUCAUAGUCUUCGGACACCAAACUUAAAGUCUCGUUCCCGUUAAUCCAGCAGAUUUUCAAAAUUAUUAUUUUUUAAGUUCAAAUGUUUAUUUGAAAUAUGUGGGGGAUUGUUGGAAAAUUAUUAAGUAUUUCAAAUAAACAAAAUUCAUUUAAAAUGUUUUUUUUUAUUUAAUUAAUAUUUAGAACAAUAAUGUACGGAUAACACUUUAGCCAGAUUUAGUUUGUUGAAAUGCUUGAGUGCUGACCGAGUAUUUUGGGAGCAUGGGUGUGUUGCUUGGCCAGCCACAACUCUCUCCUAAGUACGUGGAUCACCUAGUAUCCCCAACAACUUCAUUUUAUCAAAUAUUUUACAUGCUUCACACCUCUAUUUAAUGGACUUACGUGAUCGAAGACACUAUAGAGAGUAUCUAAUUAAGUCCGAAUACUUUAAACUAUACAUAUAAUAUUACGCUAAAUAAACUGCUGGGUUACAUAAUCGAUACUUCUAUCCUCGUAGUUCUGUGUCCGGCAAUUUCGCCGAUGGGCUCGUUAUAUCUUGGGGGAAGAUUUCCGGCCACCGGAAAUACUUUCUUUAGGACAGCGUCUGACGCGUCUCGAGCCGUUUUAUUCUCUAACAUUGUUUUUGCAGGUUCCGACGACGAUUAUCUACAACAGGUAUUGCUUAGGUUCUUGGUUUUAGUGGAGAUAUUUUUUAAGAGGCUGAUAUGGAAGCAAUGAUGAAAACUGCAGUUGAUGCAUGGCCGGGGAACUGUAGUAUGUAGAUAUAUUGAUCAAUAAUGCAGUAAUACUAAGGAUAGUUUAAUUUGCCGGUGAGGAUGACUAUAUCUCAAUGGCAGAAGGUUAUUGAACUAAAUCUUAGCGGUGUUUUUCUGUGCACACAAGUAGCUGCCAAAAUCUUGAUGAAGAAGAGAAAGGGAAGAAUAGUUAACAUAACCUCGGUUGUUGGCAAUUUUGGGCAGCCAACUAUAGGGCUGCAAAAGCUGGUGUAAUUGGACUAACCAACUGUGGCAAAGGAAUAUGCAAGCAGAAAGAUUACAGUAAAUGUCGUUGCUCCUGGGAUCUAAUAUGACUUCUAAGUUAGGGGAAGACAUUAAAAAAAUAUGGAACCGAAUCCCAUUAAUAUAUAAUAUACGAAGUCUAUAGGUCUUUUUUGGAAGUCCGUGGGGUCCUAGUACCCCUUGGGACACAAGGUGAGUUUGCCAUUGAGCGUGAGGAUGAUUUGAUGUUACAUAAUUGCAUUUCAAUUAAUUAACGUAUCUCUUUAGCAAUUUCAUAGAGACAGGUCGAAACAUAAUGUAAAAAUAAAGAUUAUAAAUGUAAC